UUUAUCCCCAGUAAAGAACUCCAAAAACUACUAUAUUAUUAUGCAUACCAAUUCAAUUUUCUAUUCUCACUACUAUAUAUAAAUUAUAAACAUGUCCAUCGUCACCAAGCCCCACUCACUCGUAAUAGACCAACUUCCGGUGGUAGAUAGUAACUAAAAGAAAUGCAGAACGUCAGCAAUGAGCUCUUCGACGUCAUAAUCGUAGGCGGCGGCGUCAUGGGGAGCGCCACCGCCUACCACGCUUCCAAGAGGGGGCUAAAGACCCUUCUCAUAGAGCAGUUCGACUUCCUCCACCACCGUGGCUCCUCCCACGGCGAGUCUCGCACCAUUCGCGCCAACUACUCCAAGCCCUACUACUACCCUCUCGUCAUGGAGUCCUAUACCCUCUGGAAGCAGGCCCAGGCCCAAAUCGGCUACAACGUCUACUUCCCAGCCCACCAACUCGACAUGGGCCAGGCCCAUGACCAUACACUACUCAAAAUCCUCGAAAACUGCAGUAACCACGGCAUCCCCCACGAGGUCCUCAACCGCUGCCAGCUGGCAGACAAAUUCUCGGGCCGCAUCGACUUCCCCGAUGACUCCAUCGGGAUCUUGAACGAGUUCGGCGGCGUCAUAAAGGCGACGAAAGCCGUAGCCAUGUUCCAAACCCUAGCACACAAAAACGGCGCCGUUCUGAAAGACAACAAAGAGAUCACGGACAUAAAGAAGGACGAAAGAGGCGUCGUGGUGGUUUCGGCCUCCAACAACGAAACGUUUUGCGGCAAGAAAUGCGUGGUAACGGUGGGAGCGUGGAUGAGCAAACUGGUAAAAAAGGUGAGCGGAGUAGAAAUACCUAUAAAGCCAGUGGAGAUUCACGUGUUUUACUGGAGGGUGAAGGAGGGGCACGAAGGGGAUUUCGCGAUAGGUGGUGAUUUUCCCACGUUUUCGAGCCACGGUGGGUUGCACGUGUUCGGAACGCCGUCGUUGGAAUACCCGGGUUUGGUGAAGAUUGUGGUUGAUAGUGGGGAUAAGUGUGACCCGGAUAAGAGGGAGUGGGGUCCGGGGGUGAGGAUGAAUGAGCUGAAAGAAUGGAUCAAGGAAAGUUUUAACGGUUUAAUUGAUUGGAGGGAGCCGGUGGUGAAGCAGGCUUGCAUGUACUCAAUGACACCGGAUAAUGAUUAUGUUGUUGAUUUCUUGGGGGGGCAGUUUGGGAAAGAUGUUGUUGUAGGUGGCGGGUUUUCGGGUCAUGGGUUCAAGAUGGCUCCGGUUAUUGGGAGGAUUUUGGCUGAGCUAGCCGUCGAUGGGGUCCCAUCUGGCGGGACUGAUAUCAGUCCCUUUGGAAUUGGAAGGUUUAACAGCUCACAAAAAUGAUUUUACUCUGCUCUAUUUAUUUACUAAAAAAACAAGAACGACAAAGUGAUGUAAAUUCACUAGUAAGCAGUGGAGUAGCUGAUAAGUCAAGGAUCUAGAUAAGUUACUUUACUAAUAAUAUUUAUUUGGUAAUGUUAAAGAAAUAAUAGAAAAAGUCAUUGUUAUAAUGACAAUUAAUAAAUAUUAAAUAUAAGGUAAUAAUGAUAAUUAAUAAA